AACCAGUUGUUGGCGGAGAUGGACGGCUUCGCGCCCUCCGAGGGCAUUAUCGUCCUAGGCGCCACGAAUCAGCGCGACGACCUGGACAAGGCGUUACUUCGACCCGGACGUUUUGACUUUCAAGUGCACGUAUCGCCCCCAAACUACGAGGUACGUUAG